UUUAAGAGACACCUUGAGAAUGCAUCCUACGAUAGUUACCGCCCCGCACUUCGAUGCUGAUGCCGACGCCGCGGCUUUGAAAGCCGCCCUGGAGGGCGCUGGCACGGACGAGAAGGCUGUCAUAGAUAUCCUCACCAACAGGACUUCUAACCAGCGGAAAGCUAUUUUGCGGGCGUACAAUGUGGAUGGACAGGACUUAGUCAGUGACCUCAAAGGAGACCUGAGCGGGAAUUUUGAGAACUUGGUGGUGGCCCUGAUGACUCCCCUGGAAGAUUUCCUGGCCACGGAACUGGACCAGGCUCUGGAAGAGCCUGGAAACGAGGAUGUCCUCGUGGAGAUAAUUUGCACGAGAGAUAAUGAUUCUUUAAGAAAAAUCCGCAAAAGCUACGAGGUUGUCUUCGGCAAGUCCCUCCUGAUGUCCCUCAAGAAGGAGAACGCUGACGAAUUCUUUGAGAAGCUCCUGAUUGACUUGUGCCACACUGACAGAGACGAAGGUCCUGCUGACGAAGAAGUGGCCCCGUCUCUUGUGAAGAAGCUGUACAGGGCAGGAGAAGGACGAGCAGGCGUCGAUGAGGACGAAAUCCGAAGGAUCUUGGCAAAUCACUCCUACUCGACAUUGCGCUUAGUUUUUGAAUCCUACAGGAAGGAGUAUGGAAAGACACUUGCCGAAGUGAUGGAGGAGGAACUUGAAGGAGACUUUAAGAAAGCUAUGUUGGCUGUGU